AACCUCAUGUCAGCAACCCAGCUUUUGGCUUCCAUCGUGGCAUCCAAAGUCAGAUACAAUCUUUCGAGGGCUCUUCUGCUCAGGGUCCAGACAUAGCUCUGCAGUGAUGGCCUGGGAUGCAAAAGCUGGCCAAAGCCAGGAGAACAGAAGCUCCUCGACAGCAGGCGGCUCCAAGACUCUUGGUCUCCAUGUUCGGCAGCAGUCCAGGCAAGCCAGACAAGUCAGACAUGUGGAAUCAGCACAUCUGGCCGAUCCGUUCUUGCAAGGAUUUGUAGAUCCGGCCUUCGACCCUACUGAGCAUCUCAAUGCCACCUUGGCACCCCUUCAGACGCCAGGUCGCCCAGGCCAAGGAGCUGUACCCUUAUCAGAGCUGUCGGCUCAGGCCCAGACUUUGCUGUCACAACUCAACGCACACACCACCCGCCUUACAGGAACACUCACACAGCUCACCGAUGAUAUCAUGAGGAGUGGGAGCCGCCUGGCUUACGAGGUCGAGCUACUUCGAGGUGAGACUUUGGGCCUAGCCGAGGCCCUGACAGACAGCUUGGAAGCCGACGUUUCCAGGUUUGUACCUGGCGGUAUACAGAAUGGCCUAGACACAAAGCCUUCUUCAAGCACUGCUGGGGGUCCCGAAUCCCACAGACAAGUUUCUGCUGCACCCAUGAGCGAGGCAGCAUCCGACGGCCCCUCCCAAGCUAUGGCACCAAAUGAGCCGCCCCACAUCACACAACUACGCACACUGACACUCGUGCGGUCCCGACUGGAUUCUGUCAUCAAGACCUUUGGCGAUUCCAUGGAAUUUGUGUUCCCGCCGUCGGAGUUGUCGGUCAGCUCAUCAUUCCUCUCCGUCUCUGCCCCGGACACGGGACCGGAGAUGCACAGCACCGAGGAGAAAGGCCAGCAGGUAUUGCGGAAGCUGAGGGACGAGAUCUCACAACUGCUCGACAACCGUGAGGACCCGAUCAAGGGGAUUGAGGACGCUGCGCGCCGGAUCGAAGAGCUGAAGGAUCUUGCCAAGGUAUGGAAGGGCACGGCAGAGGAGAAGGGGCGGACUAGGUUCAUCGAGAGCCUUGCAAAGAUGGUUGAGGACAGACACCGGGACUUGAUGAAGGAAGCCGAGCAUUCCUCCCGGCGAGACGGAGACAAGGCAGAUGUAUGGAACACCUCCAAGAAAGGCAGCGGCGGCGAUGCUGACAUGUCCGCCGCGGAGACUAAGGGUUACGGCGGUUACGGCCUCAUGAGCCAGCUACAGAAACUAAGAACUGGACUUUGAGUCCUGCCAUCGAUGAGAAUAUCUACACCAUGGCAUUUGGCUCUUCGACCCUGACUCGCAUGUGGGAAGUAAUACUUGGGAAUGUAGUCCUCCCAGAGGAGAGCCGUAUUGAUGAGCACUGCCGG